AUGAACGCGAUUGAACUGGAUGAAUUAGACAUGAACAUUUCGAAUGGCAAUCAUCUCAAUAUACUUGAUUUGCCCAAUGAAAUUUUAUUCAUUAUUUUUAAAAAACUGAAUAUGGUCGAUGUUCUGUAUUCACUUAUGGAUGUUACUCAACGAUUUGAUCAAUUAGUAUUUGAUCCAUUUUAUAUUCGUAAUCUUAAUAUGACCUCUAUGACAAUGAAAUCAUUUUAUGAUCGUACCUACUCAAUAGUCAAUCAAGUUCUUGAUGGAAUUUGUAAAAAUAUAUUACCUCGAAUUUAUGAUCAGGUAAAUGAACUCGUUAUCGAACAAUAUUCAAUGGAGCGUGUUCUUCAUACUGUCAAUUCUCCUCAACUUUAUUCGUUAACACUUAUGGAUUUUCCAGAAGAAGUACUUCUCAACUACUUAGCAAGUAAUACAAUUCUUCGCAAACUUCUUAUUGAACAAAUUACAUGUCUUAAAAUUGAUGUUCAGGAUAAGCCAACAGAACCACCUCCUGAAACUCUUGGAGUUAUGUUUGCUUUGAUUUUAUCUUUAUGUAAACGAUUAAUCAAAUUAAGUUUUUGCCAAUUGUUUCAUCGAUCAACGCUCUGUACUUUUGAGUUAUCAUCAACCAAUUUCAAGUCUUCAAAUUUGACUGCAUUGAAAAUUAAUGUGAAAACUUUCGACGAUUGCCUUUAUCUACUUGACGGACGUUUCAAUUGUUUAUCAACAUUGAUUAUAGGUGUACAAAUAAUUUCAUAUACAUCAGGAACUAUCGAUAAUACCAAAAAGCUUCCCAAAUUGAAACACUUCUCAUUAACAUCAUAUCGACAUUUAUUUGUAUGUGACAAUUUAAUUAUUCCAUUACUUCAACGAAUGAUAAAUCUUGAAGAAUUGAUAUUAUAUCUGUCAAUAAUACGAAGUAACAAGAAUUAUAUUGAUGGUAGUGAAUUAUAUGAUGAUAUUCUUAUUUACAUGCCACGAUUAAACAAAUUUACUUUCAACAUACACACAAAUGUAGAUAAGAACAAUGUUGAAAUUGCUUUUUCGUCAAAUGAAGAUAUUCAGCGUAGUUUCAGCAGAAAAGAAUAUGGGUCAGUUGCUUCACAUAUUGAAAACUUCACAAGAAAAAAUAAACGGAGAUGUCAUAGCUAUUCAUUACCAUAUGAAUUCAAAAGUAGAUGUCACAUCUAUUCGCUGCCAUAUCAAUUCAAAAGUUUGCAUCUUCUAAAUAAUUCUUUUCAAAGUGGACUAUUUGAUAGUGUUCUAUCCUUGAUAAUGACCGACUGCUGUCCUUUUGAGCAUAACUUCUUCAAUGUCAUCUCUCAAAGUUUUCCUCUAUUGAAACAGUUGGGUAUCAUUAAUGAUGAACCGCAGAAGGACAAGCAACAAUCGACGCCAUUGAUCAUAUUUCCUCAUCUUAUUUAUCUCGAUCUUAAUGGUGCUCGUGCAAAUUAUGCUGAGCAGUUUCUCGUCGAUAUGCACUGUCAUUUACCUUGUUUUUUGGACCUUAAGAUCGGCUAUGAAUCACUCGUUCUGGUCACAAACAAUUUUACUAAUGAUGCUACACGUCUCACUUGUAGUAAAUUGACCAGCCUUUGUAUAAAGGGGGUGUUUGUACCUCCAAAAACUUUUCAUGAGUAUUUUCCUUUAUUGUAA